AUGUCAUAUGGUAAGCAUCAUCUACGACCUACCAUCAAUCGCGAUAAUUCUGGAUGCAUUCUGCACAUCUACAACUAUAACAAGCCUCAGGUUAAGUUCCCCAGAGAAUCAGUCAGACUCAGACCCGUACUGAACUACCGAACUAUGAUAGUUCCCGAAUUACCGUCGGCUCUACACAAAGCCGUGCAUCUCGCUCAGAGCUUCAGUCGGUGUCGCGUGAUACGUGAUAUUUGGAAGUCCAAUCAGUAUCGAACGUUCAGCAGAAGGCCGGAGCAGAUGAUUGACAACAACGGCAUCAAAAAGCCACGGCCAAAGACAGUCCCGAUUCCAAAGAUCACGCUUUUAUCACCAGACAACUUGACCACUGUAACCAUACUGGAAGUGGCCCAGCGUCUGGCCAAACGGCGCAAUCUUACCCUCAUUAAGGUCAGUGAUCUUGAGAGCAAGACUCAGCGACCGCUCUAUAAGUUGGUGGACAAUACCGGCAUCCUCGAACACUUCGAGAAGACCGAGGAGUCUAAGACGGAUACCAAGAAUGACCACAAUGACGCGCAAAAGUCAAGCAAGGGCAUUAAAAUAUUUUACAUAUCUGCGAAGAUCACUGAUCAUGACCUACAGACGAAGACGAAGAACAUGGUGAAAUUGUUGAACAAGGAGCACAAAGUCAAAAUCGCCAUUACUUUGAACGAUUCCGACGGGGGUAAGGUGCGAAGAGUCAUAGAGGAUGCUGUAAAAAAUAAUGGCAGUAUCCAGCAAAUGCCAUCAAAGAAGAAUGUAAUCUUACUCUUAAUAAGUCCUUUACAUAAGAAUGAAGAUGUUUCUGUAAAUAAUAAAAAUGAGACUGAUAAUUCCAGUAUAGUUAAUAAUGAAAAAGGUACGUGA